AUGCCACCAAAAACGAGCGGUAAAGCAGCGAAAAAGGCCGGAAAGGCCCAAAAGAACAUCUCCAAAACUGACAAAAAGAAGAAGCGCAGGAGGAAGGAAAGUUACGCAAUCUACAUCUACAAAGUGUUGAAGCAAGUUCAUCCCGAUACUGGUAUUUCCAGUAAAGCAAUGAGCAUCAUGAACAGCUUCGUUAACGACAUUUUCGAAAGAAUUGCCGCAGAAGCUUCCCGUUUGGCUCACUACAACAAAAGAUCCACCAUCACCAGCAGAGAAAUCCAAACUGCUGUGCGUCUUUUGUUGCCUGGUGAACUCGCCAAGCACGCCGUCAGUGAAGUUCUGGUGGACUACAUUUUUAAAAGGUUCCUUCUAACUCUAUUCACAGUUUGGACGUCGUCACCCUCUCUGGCUUGCCAAAACGGGGGUUUAAAUCAAGAAGUAUUAACCUAA